AGACACUCAGUUCGGCACAGGGGUUAUGGAGGGGUCUAUUUACAUGUUAAAAGUGUAUCAUUGAAUUAUCCGUUUUAUUAACUAAAUAAUCAUGAGAUACCCGAAGUUCAAGUUGCCCGAAGUAGGCUACUGGUCCAAGCAAUUUGCAAACUUACCUGACCGCUUCAUAAAACGUAAAAUGGAGCAGGUCUAUUGGAAAACCCCUAAAAACGAUCCUAGGUUUCUUCCUACAGUAGUUCAAAGGGAGGUCUUCAGGUUCUCAACCCAUCGUCCAUGGUCACGUGAAUUUUACAUGGAGAAUUUACCGGGGAAGAAUGUCACACCAGCUAUAGUGGAGCCUAUCAAGGAGUGGAGCUUCUUCAGAGGGGACAGAGUGGAAAUAUUGGUGGGACGUGAUAAAGGAAAGCAAGGACUGGUCCAGCAGAUCAUUCAGGAGAGAAAUUGGGUCAUUGUCGAAGGGUUAAAUACGAAAAUGAAAUGCAAGGGAAAAAGAAAGGAUUUUCCUGGCAUUGUCAUACUGGAAGAGCAGCCUCUACUUGUUACUACUGAUAUUGCGUUGGUUGACCCAGCUGAUUUAAAACCUUGUAAAAUGGAAUGGAGAUGGACCGAAGACGGCGAGAAGGUUCGAGUAUCAACAAGAACAGGGAGGAUCAUUCCGAUGCCAGCAACAGCCAAGGAAACGAUAGAUUAUAAACUCCCACAUCUUUACAAAAAUCAGCCCAAGGACACGACCCGAGAGGUCAUCGAAAAAGUAACCUUCAAGCCUGAACUCAAGACAUUCGAAAUGGAUAUAAUGGACAAGAUGGGCAUCAAAGAGGAUCGAGUACCUCGCAAAACCUUCUGGUACUGAACCUAAAAAAAUCUGGUUACUGAAACUUUAUUUGUACCUCUAAUAGAGAAUUAAACUAUGAUAUACGUUAGUUAAAAAAUCCAAAUAA